GAUUCUCUGCUGUCACUGUACAAAGAAUACGCAGACGAUCUACCUGCUGCUCUUUCCUGCUUGAGAAGGGCUUUGGCACAGUCUUCAGAAUUCCGUUCAUUUCUCAAGGCGGUUCAACACAGCAGCUGUCAGAGUGAGAGUCUGAUGUCCCUGCUGCUGACACCCAUUUACCGGGUCCCUAAGUUCCUACUGCAAUUACAG